AUGCCGAAACGAUCAGACGCAACGACAUCGCAAGAAACCACCACCUCAAAGUCGAUGACAACAGAAGCGAAAACCAAGUCUAAGCCAAGCCCUACUGCCACGAUGCCGAAACGAUCAGACGCAACGACAUCGCAAGAAACCACCACCUCCAAGUCGAUGACAACAGAAGCGAAAACCAAGUCUGAGCCAAGCCCUACUGCCACGAUGCCGAAACGAUCAGACGCAACGACAUCGCAAGAAACCACCACCUCCAAGUCGAUGACAACAGAAGCGAAAACCAAGUCUGAGCCAAGCCCUACUGCCACGAUGCCGAAACGAUCAGACGCAACGACAUCGCAAGAAACCACCACCUCCAAGUCGGUGACAACAGAAGCAAAAACCAAGUCUGAGCCAAGCCCUACUGCCACGAUGCCGAAACGAUCAGACGCAACGACAUCGCAAGAAACCACCACCUCCAAGUCGGUGACAACAGAAGCAAAAACCAAGUCUGAGCCAAGCCCUACUGCCACGAUGCCGAAACGAUCAGACGCAACGACAUCGCAAGAAACCACCACCUCCAAGUCGGUGACAACAGAAGCAAAAACCAAGUCUGAGCCAAGCCCUACUGCCACGAUGCCGAAACGAUCAGACGCAACGACAUCGCAAGAAACCACCACCUCCAAGUCGAUGACAACAGAAGCGAAAACCAAGUCUGAGCCAAGCCCUACUGCCACGAUGCCGAAACGAUCAGACGCAACGACAUCGCAAGAAACCACCACCUCCAAGUCGGUGACAACAGAAGCAAAAACCAAGUCUGAGCCAAGCCCUACUGCCACGAUGCCGAAACGAUCAGACGCAACGACAUCGCAAGAAACCACCACCUCCAAGUCGAUGACAACAGAAGCGAAAACCAAGUCUGAGCCAAGCCCUACUGCCACGAUGCCUAAACGAUCAGACGCAACGACAUCGCAAGAAACCACCACCUCCAAGUCGAUGACAACAGAAGCGAAAACCAAGUCUGAGCCAAGCCCUACUGCCACGAUGCCGAAACGAUCAGACGCAACGACAUCGCAAGAAACCACCACCUCCAAGUCGAUGACAACAGAAGCGAAAACCAAGUCUGAGCCAAGCCCUACUGCCACGAUGCCGAAACGAUCAGACGCAACGACAUCGCAAGAAACCACCACCUCCAAGUCGAUGACAACAGAAGCGAAAACCAAGUCCGAGCCAAGCCCUACUGCCACGAUGCCGAAACGAUCAGACGCAACGACAUCGCAAAAAGCCACCACCUCCAAGUCAAUGACAACAGAAACGAAAACCAAGUCCGUGACGAGCCCUAAGGCCACAUUGCCGGAACCAUCAGACGCAACGACUUCCAUGCUCAUCCCUCCGGUGGAUUGUGAAUACGGCGGGUCGUUCUACAAUUUCAGCACUUGCGAGAUGAAUCAUGCUUCCGCGGUUUCAGCUUGUUACCAAUACGGAUCCCAUCUGGUCGACAUCGACUCGCCAGAGGAACGGAACUUCAUUGUGAGGCAUGAUCGGUACCACAACUCGAACUCUAAUGGCUGGAAUCGAUACUGGAUCGGGCUGACCGGCUCAAGUCUCGACAACCCAGCAUCGGGAAAGGGUGAUUAG